CCGGAAAUGAACAAACAAAUCACUGCUAAUAAUUGUCGAUAUUAGUAUUGUUAUUAUUUAUGUAAACAUUCAAAAGUUGAAACUUAAAAAAAUGAGUUUGCCAUACGAAAAACACGGAACUAAACGACCUCUGUCUCCAAGUGAAAGACAGGUGUGCCAGGUGAGUGACCUGCAGGGGUGGGAUUCAGCUGACCCAGGAAGUGACGAGAGAAGGCGGACAUUUUUACGACUGAUGGGAGCCUCCAAGAAAGAACACGCGGGACGCCUGGUCGUCGUAAACCACAAGUCAACGCCACAAGUCAACGCCACAUUUCUGCAGCAAAACAGUCUCUUCCAUGCAAACCUCUCCACCACUACGGGCAAGACCAAAGAGCUGUCAAAAGACCUGAGGGACAAGAUUGUAGACCUGCACAAGAUCGGGAUGGGCUACAAAACCGUCAGCUAG